ACCAAAUCCCUGUUCAUUAAAAUAACAAAUAAAGUGGGAUCAGCCCAUCUGUCAAUUGAGGUUUAUAUAGUGGUCCCUGGGCCUGGUGAGCCAGAUCAUCACUCCUGUAGAGGACGGGCUCCAGGGAGAUUUACCAGGAUGAGUAAGAUAACUUUCUACGAGGACAGCAACUUCCAGGGGCGCUCUUAUGAGUGCGAUGCAGACUGCGCUGACAUGCACCCCCAUUUCAGCCGCUGUAACUCCAUCAAGGUAGAUGGCGGCUGCUGGGUGCUGUACGAGCGUCCCAACUACACAGGCUAUCAGUACGUGCUGACCAGAGGGGAGUACCCAGAGUACCAGCACUGGAUGGGAUACAAUGACAGCAUCCGCUCCUGCCGUACCUUCUCCUAUACUAGCGGAGGCCCAUACUGCAUGCGCAUCUAUGAACGCCCCAACUUCCAGGGCCAGACGAUGGAGUUCGCCGAGGACUGUGAGUCUGUCCAGGAACGCUUCCGCAGCCGUGACGUCUACUCCUGUAACGUUCUGGAGGGCUACUGGACCCUCUACGAACACCCCAACUACCGCGGCCGCCAGUACUUCAUGAGGCCUGGAGAGUACAGGAAGUUUAGUGACUGGGGCGCCACAUGUGCCACCACUGGCUCCUUCCGUAGGAUCACAGAGUUUUAGAUAAGAACACCUUCUCUGCCUCCCUAAAUGCAGCUCGUCUCUAGUUGGCACUGGCUUGUCAAUAGAAGAGUAUGCCUAUUCUAACACACAGGACUGUGUCAAUAUAUUUUAUGAAUUUGAAAUAGAUAUUUGGUCAUUAUUAAGUUACAAAGGUAACUCUGAAUGAGUCUGAAUAAAUUAAUCUAUUGUGAAUGUUUCUUGUGAUAUUUCUUUUGAAUAGGCUAGCUAAACAGUUUGGGUGAAGUUGAAACCAAUUCACUGCAACACAUACUGUAAAUGCAGUUUGGUGAUAGGCCAGUAGUAAGGGAACCAGUUUGAUAUGGACCCAGUUCAUAUUCAAAUCGUGUACUUACAGCGUUGGGGGAGUGCCAAGAUGGAGGCACUGUGGCUUCAACACAGCGCCCCUAUUUGUGAUCUAGUGUAUAUUUAAAUCAUUGGUUUAAGAGUAUAAUAUAGCCUGAAGUUGUGUGCUCUCUCUCAGAUCAAAGUAAGAGGAAAACAAUUGAUUUGCUAUUGGCAUAUAUGCAAAUCUGACAUGGACAAUAGAAUACAGCCAGCCCAUUCUGAUAUCAAGUCUGCAUGGUCCUCUGAAGACAGUGACACAGCACUCUUCCGCACAGCUUUAGAGAGAAGGGUGGCUGGAUGGAUGGCGGGUGGGGUCUGGGUGCUAUUGGCUGCCUCUCCUAUUGAUGUGUUCACCCAGGGUUCUAUGCCAUAAAUAGUGCAACACAGGAUUACACUGUUGAAAACAUACCAUGUUGGCAAAGCUCCCAAUCGGAAAAACGGGCCACACACAAAAGCAUGGAAUUUCAUGUGUGAGUUUUUAUUGUUUUGAAAGGAUCCCCCUAUGAAUAUGUAACACAUAUCAUAGCAACACGUGUUUGGUAUCUUCCUGUAAAGAGACCUGUAUACUCAUCAUAUACAGUAAAUGGCUAUCAGAUCUGUCAAUCAACAUACCACCCAGCUAAACAUGCACAAUCACAGAUCAAAUUGUUUUAUAAGAUCAUUAUGAACUAUUUUGACUAUACCAACAACGUAUAGCUAUAAUACAUAUCAACACUUCGUCCAUCAACCUCAAGUGAUUGAAAUGCAUACAUUUGUGAUGAUUUGAGUACACAAUAUCAAAUGAAAUAUGACGGCAAAUUACUGAAUUUGAUUAAAUUGCUUGUUAACCUGA